AUUGGUAGUUGGUACUGCACUACGCCGCUUCUGCAUUAGACAUUAGUACAUUCGGCCAGUCGACUCGUACAAACUCGAAGUACGAGUGUUUUUUUAAACUAGAUCAUUUCUACGUCUAUAUAUGUCCUCACCCGUUGACCGUUGUGUAUUGCUAAACAAAUCUUUAUAGUUUUUUUUUCUGUGAAUCUGUCAAUUUUUGCAUCUCAUUAUUAGCUUGUUUGAAUCGAAAAAUAAUCAUAAUGUCGAGCUUAAAAUUAUCUUCUCUUUUGAAAAACUCAGGGAUGAGGUUUGCUCUGAAUGGUGUCACGAAAAGGUCGAUAGCCUCUCUGUCGUCCUUGUCAGAGACUCAUCAAAUGCUGUAUAAGACUUGUAGAGAUUUUGCAGAAGGAGAGUUAAAACCUGUUGCAGCUAAAGUGGAUAAGGAACAUUUAUUUCCUGAGAAACAGAUUAAAGAAAUGGGAGAAUUGGGUUUAAUGGCAAUUGAUAUUCCAGAGUCAUUGGGUGGUACGGGUCUUGACUAUUUGGCAUAUGCUAUUGCAAUAGAAGAAAUUUCUAGAGGUUGUGCAUCAGCUGGCGUUAUUAUGAGCGUGAAUAAUUCUUUGUACCUUGGUCCAAUUAAUAAGUUUGGAAAUGAUAAACAAAAAGAGGAGUAUAUCAGACCUUUUACAAAUGGGGAAAAAAUUGGAUGUUUUGGUCUUAGCGAACCAGGUAAUGGAAGUGAUGCUGGUGCAGCUUCUACUUUGGCAGUUAAAAGUGGUUCCAAUUGGGUUUUAAAUGGCACUAAAUCAUGGAUUACUAAUGCCCAUGAAGCCAAAGCAUCAGUUGUAUUUGCAACCACCGAUAAAGCUAAGAAACACAAAGGAAUUAGUGCAUUUUUAGUUAGAAGAGAAUAUCCAGGGUUUUCAUUGGGUAAAAAAGAAGAUAAACUUGGUAUACGAGGUUCGUCUACUAGUAAUUUAAUUUUUGAAGACUGUUCAAUUCCAGAAGAAAACAUCUUGGGUGAACCUGGUAUGGGUUUCAAAAUUGCAAUGAUGACUUUAGAUGCUGGCCGCAUCGGAAUUGCUUCUCAAGCACUUGGGAUAGCUCAAGCAUCUCUCGAUGUUGCUGUUGAAUAUGCAACCAAAAGAAUAGCAUUUGGCGCUCCUAUAUCUAAACUGCAAAGUAUUCAGAAUAAAAUUGCCGACAUGUCUUUGAGAGUAGAAAGUGCAAGAUUGUUGACAUGGAGAGCAGCUGUUUUAAAAGAUGAACAUAAGCCAUUUACAAAGGAAGCAGCAAUGGCCAAAUUAGCUGCAUCUGAAGCAGCAACAUUCAAUGCACAUCAGUGUAUUCAAGUAUUGGGUGGUAUGGGUUAUGUUUCUGACAUGCCCGCUGAACGGCACUAUCGCGAUGCUCGGAUAACAGAAAUUUAUGAAGGAACGUCUGAAAUACAGAAGCUUGUGAUAGCUGGAAAUGUAUUCAAAGAGUAUAGCAGCUCUUAAUAAGUUAUUAUCCAUAAGAAUUAAUACUGAUAUACCGUUACCAAUUAAUUAAAGUGUAUACUACACAAUCUACGGAUGGUGUUUAGACUGAAUUUUUCAAAUUUAAAAGUAUAUCUAUGGAAGUAUAAAAUUAUACCUAUUGAAAAUAUCCCAACAUAAUAUAUUAUGAUCAUUUCAAUUCAAUUAAUUGUUAGAUCUAUAUAGUAUAUUUUAUAAACUGUUAAACAUUUAUGACAGAUUUUUAAAUUUCUAUACUAUUGCAUGCAAUUAAAUUAAUAUAAAUUAUAAGUAUAAAAUAUUUAAUCAAAUAAUUAUAUUAUGAUUUUAAUGAAAUGUCAUUUAUUUUUUUGAUUUUAUAAUUGAGUAUUUUAUUUGAUAUACAUAUAUUUUUUUAAAUAAAUAAAUGUAUUCAAAUGUUAUA